GCAUGGGCGAGCGAGCGACGGCAGCAGGUGGCAAGCUGUAGUGCCUCACUAGGUGCGUCUGCCUUUUACUUGGAAUCCUGCCUUUGUGAGGUCUUGUCGCAGGCAUGGUCACCAGAGAUGGCGCCGACACGCGGCCCGCCGGGCGCAGCCUCUUACAGGCAACGGCCCCCGGUAGCAGCAGUAGCAGCGAUGGUGGCGGCAGUAGCAGCGGCGGUGGCGGCAGUAGCAGCGGCGGCGGCGCUAGUGCAGAGGCGGCCGCCAUUGGGCAGGCCCUGGCGGCGGGGGACGUGCAGUCGGCGGCGCGGGCCAUCGCACUGGCCACAAAAGAGGGCAACACCGCUGCGGUGGCGUGGGCGCUGGCGGUGGCCGCCGCCUCAGGCAACAGCGCCGCAGUGGCGCAGGCGGUGUCGCUGGCGGUGACGCAGCAGGGAGCCAACGCAACAGCGCUCGCGCAGGUGAUGUGUUAGGAAACACAAGGGAAGAGACACGCGCAGGUGUGUGUGUCUGUGUGUGUCUGUGUGUUCGUUCAUGUCGUACAUGUGUUGCACAGAGUCUUGUGUUGUGCUGGGUUUUCUUGCGUGCUGUGCUCGGUUUAACAUAGUUCGUACCGUGUGCUGCAUGGCUGAUGGCUGCCCCCACAAGCACGCAGGCCCUGCCGACCGCAACUAGCCCCACAGCCGGCGGAGGGCGGGUGGGUGAGCUCCGCACAGACCCCGCUGCCGUAACACGAGCUGUGUUGUAAUCCUUGGCGCUC